AUGGCACCAUCACUCCUCACCUCCCCCAGCUCCCCUUCCUCUCCCACAACAGUCACAACCUCAACAACAUCCCACACCACACACAACAAACCACCCAUCCUCCGCACCCCCUCCCAACCACUAACCCUCCCCUUCACCACCCUCGACGUCUUCACCUCCACCGCCUACUCCGGCAAUCCCCUCGCCCUAAUCCGGAUCCCCUCCCCCCUCCGGCACCUAAUAACGCAGACCCAAAAGCAAAACAUAGCCGCGGAAUUCAACCUCAGCGAAACCAUCUUCCUGCACGAACAACUCGACCCCUCCAUCCCCGAAUGGGACGUCGAGAUCUUCACCACCGACGCUGAACUCCCCUUUGCCGGCCACCCCGUGAUCGGGACAGCCGCGUAUGUUCUGGGCGUGUUGGGUGCAGGUGGUGGGAAGGGCCAUGGGAGGGGGAAGGGGAGGUUGGUUACGAGGGCGGGAGGCGUGGAUAUUGCGCUUGUGUUUGAUGAUGAGAGGCAGGAGCAGGAACAGGAGGAGGAGGAUGGGAAUGCGAAUGGUGGCAUCGUUGAACCGAAUAUGUCGACGCGGGUGUCUGCUGAUGUGCCUCAUAACGUGCAUAUCCAUUCCCACACCAUUGGAGAUCUCGAACGUCCUAUUCCUGGCUUGUCACAUGUACCGGCUAUCUGUAAAGCGGAGCUGCAAGCCCCUAUUGUGAGUAUUGUCCAGGGCAUGACAUUCCUGCUUGUUCGGCUGGAGAGUCUGGAUAUGCUGGGGGCGGUGCAGCUUGGUGGCGAGGAUGUGAGUUUCCAUGGGGUGCUGGACGAGGGGUGGAGGAUGGGGUUUGUGGCGAAGUAUUAUUAUGUUGUGCUUGAAGAAGGAGGGUGGACGAAUGGUGGGGUGACGAGGGUGAGGAGUAGGAUGUUGGAGGUUGCGAUGGAGGAUCCGGCGACGGGGAGUGCGGCUAGUGCGUUGAGUUGCUAUUUGGCGAUGAAUGGAGGGGAGAGUGGGAGGAGAAGGUUCGAAGUUACGCAGGGAGUGGAGAUGGGGAGGAAGAGUGUUAUUGGAGUUGAGAUUUUGGUUGGUGAGAGGGAUAAGGGCAGGGAGAUUGAGGGAGUGAAGAUUAGUGGGAAUGCGGUUGUGGUUAUGGAGGGGAAUUUGAGGGUGUAA